AAACAGUGAUGUUCCGCAUUGUUUCUCUGGACACCAACUUCCACACCCACAAUCAGAUGUUUCCAACUAUAGAACUGCAGGACCCAAACUCAAACCGCAUCGGUCAGUGGCUGAACACCACCACACACAGCGGUCUUGUGGAUCUGUCGUAUCCCAUAAACUCUGAGGCCAUGGAGGGAUUUUAUCUAAUCACCGCCCGGGAUGAGAAAAACAACCCUGUCACACGAACGUUUGAAGUCAAGGACUACGUUUUGCCAAAAUUUGAAGUGACAGUCAAGUUUCCUCCAGUCAUGACCAUCCUGGACACCUACGCCAUACUGAGGGUGUAUGCCAAAUAUACAUACGGUAAGCCGGUGAAAGGGACGGUGAAGGCCACCGUCUGCCGUAACAGCCACAAGAACUUGUUUCUCCCAGCAGGAAGUACACCACUAUUAAAUAUUUGCAGGAAUUAUAAAACAGAGAUUGAUGCAACAGGUCUUGGAGAACGUGUAAUAAAUCUGAAAGACUUUGCCUUAACCGAUUCACGUUACGAGACUUUAGUCACAGCUCACUGUGAAGUGGAAGAGCAUGAAACAGGCGUGACUCUGACUGGUUCAGCCAGCGCUCCUAUAACAACCAAUAUUGUCACACUUUCAUUUGAGGAAUCACCACCAACGUUUAAGCUCGGAAUGACUUACGAAGGAAAAAUAAAAGUGACUGAUGCAAAGUCCAAUCCCAUGAGAAAGAAAGUGGUACAUCUAACUGUAACUCAUGGUAAUAAUAAACACUCAGACCAGAAGCUGGUUACAGAUAACAAAGGGAUUGCAGAGUUCUCGCUCAACACGCAACAAUGGGGUGCGAACCCAGUCAGUGUACAGGCUCGGUAUGAAACGACAGGCACACCAGCACCAGUUGGGAAGAAUCAGCUCACACCGCACUACCCAUCUCCGUCCCUCUCCCUCCAGCCUUUCUACUCCAAGAGCCAGAGUUUUAUCAAGUUGUACAGCAGCUCGAUGGCGUUCAGCUGCCAUCAAAACGGCGUCAUCAGGGCUCAGUACAUGAUACACAACAGCGCACUCAGACCGAACCAGAAUACCUUGUCCUUCUUCUACAUGGUGAUAAAUAAAGGACAAUUGGUUCAACAAGGACAAAUCGUAGCAACCCUCGACCACGGAACAGUAGAGCACAGGGGCAACUUGGUCAUCACUCUGCAGAAGAUGCUCAAGGUGACCCCGGUCGCUCAGGUGGUCCUGUACACAGUCCUGCCGAGUGGCGAGGCCGUGGCAGACAGCAAGAACUUCCCCGUUCAGCCAUGUUUGGCUAACAAGGUCUCUCUCAAGUUUUCAUCUUCUCCUGAGCUCCCUGGUGGUCAUACGUCACUGACCCUGAAAGCUGCUCCAGAUUCGCUGUGUUCAGUGAAGGCGAUCGAUCACAGUCUACUGCUGGUGCAACCAGAGAAGGAGCUCAACAUCCAAUCUGUGUUCAACAUGCUGCCUGUCCAGAGGUUAUCAGGAUAUCCGUACAACAUCCAUGAUGAGUAUUCCAACCCAUGUGCGUCUAACCCACAUUUGAGGAAAAUUGCAGUGCUGCCAGUGAAUCAGGGAAAAGUGGAUGUGUACAACACCUUUAGAGAGAUUGGAAUUAAAAUCCUCACCAACGCAGAUGUAAAUAAACCUACAAAUUGUGCUCCUAGUUUGCUGAAUGAAAAGCGGAUUUUCCAAGAACCUUUAGGCAUGGAUGGACAUAUUGUCAUGGCCAAAAAACCCACUUCAGCUGACACAAGUUCAAACCAACCCAUCGUUACUGUCCGCACAUAUUUCCCAGAGACAUGGAUCUGGGAUCUUGUUCCAAUCAGUCAUUCUGGAGUGACGGCCAUUAAUAAAACAGUCCCAGACUCCAUCACUAAGUGGCAGACUGAAGCGUUUUGUACGUCGCCUAUCGGGUUCGGAGUCGCCCCGAGCGCUGAGCUCACCGCCUUCCAGCCUUUCUUCGUGAGCCUCACCAUGCCGAGCUCCGUCAUCCGAGGAGAAGUGUUCACGCUCAAGGCCACCGUCUUCAACUACCUCCACAGCUGUAUGAUGGUGAAGGUGACUCUGGCUGACUCAAAGCAGUUCUCAGUGCAAACGUGUCACGGCUGCAGUUAUACACAGUGUGUGUGCGCUGGUGAGAGCAGGACCUUCUCCUGGACCUUCACCCCGCUGGCUCUGGGUAAGGUGAGCGUCAGUGUGACAGCGGAGGCCGUGCAGUCAUCGAGUCUGUGUGGGAAGAGUCCAGUUACAGUCCCAGAGAAAGGACGCAUUGACACGGUCAUUAACACACUCCUAGUCAAGCCUGAAGGAAAGAAACAAUAUAAAACCCACAACGUGCUUCUCUCCCCAAAAGAUGGUACAGCGGAGGAGAAGGUCUCACUAACCCUGCCUGCGGUAUACGUGGAAGGUUCAGCCACGGCCUCGGUCUCUGUGCUGGGAGAUCUGAUGGGUCGCGCUAUAAGGAACCUGGCGAGUCUCCUGACCAUGCCCUACGGCUGUGGAGAGCAGAACAUGAUGAACUUCGCCCCUGACAUCUUCAUCAUGGAGUACCUGCAGAGCACCAACCAGCUCACACCGGCCAUCAGGAGCACGGCCAGGAACUACCUCGUGAGCGGAUAUCAGAGAGAGCUGAACUACAAGCACACUGAUGGAUCUUACAGCGCGUUUGGGAAGAGCGAUGCUUCAGGAAACACAUGGCUGACGGCGUUCGUGUUGAAGUCUUUCGGAAAGGCGAAGCCGUACAUCUUUAUAGAUAAGUCGGUUUUGGAUCAGGCGAAGGCGUGGCUCGGCCGGCAGCAGCAGAAGGACGGACACUUUGCUUCAGUGGGAAAACUCAUCCAUACCAACAUGCAGGGAGGAGUGAAUGAUGAGGUGACCCUAUCAGCGUACGUUACAGCUGCAAUGCUUGAACUCAAUUACACCAUUACAGAUCCCGUGGUGAACAAGAGUCUUACGUACCUGAAGAACGCGUACCCUAAGGUGACCUCCACCUACACCAAGGCUCUCCUCUUCUACACCUUCACCCUCGCUGGAGAUCAGGGGAUGAGGAGCUCACUCAUGGCAGAGAUGUGUUCAAAAGGCAUAGUUUCAGCGGCGGAUGGACGGCACUGGAGCAAUACAAAUGAUAAGUCAGUGAAGAACUCCUUGGAUGUGGAGAUGACCUCAUAUGUGCUCCUGGGCCUGAUGUCUGGACCAAUGAUGCCUGGGUUUGAUCUGGGUUACAGCGCCAACAUCGUCUACUGGCUUUCCCGGCAACAAAAUGCCUUCGGGGGCUUCGAAUCUACACAGGACACCGUGGUGGCUCUCCAGGCUCUGGCGAAAUACAGUGUCACCACCUACAGUCCCAAAGAAAGUGUAACUGUCACUGUAACAUCACCAUCGAAGGUGAAGAACACGUUUACCAUCACAGAGAAUAACAGGCUGCUGUAUCAGGAGGCCCAGCUGCAUGAGGUCCAUGGAGACUACAGCAUCAGUGCCAAAGGACAAGGCUACGUGUACAUGCAGUUUACUCUGCAGUACAACAUCCCUCCUCCACCUGACCACUCUUCAUUCACCAUCUCAGCCUCAGCUAUUGGAAACUGCAAGGUCCAAAAUCCAUCCCUGUUACUGACCAUUACAGUCACGUAUAACGGCCACCGUUCAGAGACCAACAUGGUGAUCAUCGACAUCAAGCCUCUUUCUGGAUUCAGCAUAACCAAGAAGUCUGUCCAUCUCGUGAACAGCAACCCUCAUUCGACUAAUGGAGCUGUGAAACGUGUGGAUCAAAUAGAUGGUGACACAUUUAUCUACCUAAAUGGACUGAUACAUGGAGAGAAGAAGGUGUACACCAUGACCAUCGCGCAGGACGUUGUAGUGAACAACCUGAAACCAGCUGUUGUGACGGUGUACGACUACUACCAGACCAAUGAGAAGGCUGUAACAGUGUACACCUCUCCAUGUGGGGCUCACUGAGAGUCUCGGAAGAUGUUUUCUUCUCCAGAUGACUUUUUCAUGGGAAUUCUUCACAAAAGUUCAACAACUUUUAUUAAUCAAAAUAUUAUUUCUCUCUAACAUUCUGCAUAAUCUACUACAUAAAUCAUUUAUAGAUUAAAUGUCACUCAACAAGACAAUUCAUAUAAGGAGAUCAGACAGAUCACCAUAAUAAUU